UUUUUCAAUGAUUAUUGCUGUGUCUACGCAAGAGUCACUUCUGAUGUCAACAAAUAAGAUAUUUUUUGUCGGACAGAAAAGGCGAAUCACGCGGAAUGCGCCCUACCUGGUUUUUAAAAGAUGUGCGUAAAUAGGUCAAAGUGCAGUCUACAUGUCACGCUGUUCUAGCUAUUUAAGUUGGAGCUUCUUGUAAUCCACGACCAUAAUUCUGAAAAAAAAGGUGCCUGGUGAUGGAACAGACGUCAGGCGACAUCAACAACAACAACAACAAGAAUUAGGACUAUGAGUUCGAGCUGUGAGCAGCAGACUAUUUCGUCCGACCUGGUCGAGUUUGAUGCACUCUUCCCUAGACUAGUGAACAUCGUGACGAAUGUGUCUGACCAUGACAAAGCCGCAGAGGCAGCCCUCGGGUGGUUCAAAAAGGUCUGCAUCUAUAAUGUACCCAAAAUCAACAGAAGUAGCGGCCUGACAGUGGCGUCAGUCUAUGAGCAGCUGGUGCCGGACGCCUCUCAAGAGGACGUAGAAGUCGCAAGAGUGUUGGGAUGGUGCGUAGAAAUGCUCCGUGCAUUCUUCUUUAUGAUAGAUGAUGUGUUGGAUAACUCGGAAGAGAGAGAGGGCAAGGCAUGCUGGUACAAGAUGAAUGGUAUGAUGGCCAUUAACGACAGCGUAUUUCUGGAAACAUCAGUCUACCAGCUCUUAAAAAUCUACACAUCGAAGAAAGCGUAUUAUGUCCCUUUGUUGGAACUCUUCUUGAAGACAACAAGAACCACAGUGAUUGGUCAAUGCAUGGACAUGUUAGCCCAAGGCCCUGACCAGGAUUUGGACUUCUCUAGAUUCAACAUGAACAAUUAUAGCGCUGUUGCCAGAUGGAAAUCUAUGGCAUGUCUUCCUGUGGACACUGCAAUGAUUCUGGCUGGUUUUACCGACGAAGACCAUCUCUCCAAAGUUCGUACCGUCUUGUUGGAAAUAGGUCUCUUUGUUCAAAUAGAGGACGACUACAUGGACUGUUUCGGUGACCCGGAAGUCCCUGGACAAUUCGGGAACGAUAUAGAAGAGCGUAAAUGUACCUGGCUAAUUGUCCGUGCUCUGGAAGUGGCCACAGAGGAACAAAAGAAAGAUCUCAUGAGCCUCUAUAACAGAUGUCAUCAAGACGAAGCGGAAGCUGUGUCAAAGGUCAAGAGACUGUAUAGAGAUCUGAGCCUGGAAGAGCUGUUUCAACAGUUUAAACAAGAAAGUUUAGACAAAGUCAUAUUAAUGAUUAAUUCCCUUGAGACCAAGAUCCCAAAGUCUGUGCUGGUGGGAGUCGUUAACGCCGUGUACAAGACAAAUGUCAUAAGUUAUUGAAUAGAUCAAGAUGAGCGUAAAUGAUUUAUUCUUGGAAAGAAGGGAAAGAUUGGAGAAUAGACAGAUAAACAAAAAGAGAGAGAGA